UUCAUCAGUUGUAAACUGUUCUUCAGUUGGAUAUGGAUACUUCCGCAACUCAUAAUGGCGCUUCAACAUCCAUAUCUAACAGCAAAAAUACCCACAACAAUUCUGGAAUAUCCAAUUUCACAAUGAAAAAUACUCCUGUUAAAACAAUGACAGCAUUUGGAAGAAAAGUAAGCCCUGCAUCUGCUCCACAAUCUGUUUUCAAAAAAGCCCAAACAACACCUCUGUCAGGAAUGAAAUUUGCUGCAGCUAAAUCAUUAUCUGAGAGACAUGGCAAAGCCUUUGCCCCUCAUUCAAAGAAGGUUAAAGCACAAACUACUGAAGAAAAUGAAAUUCAUGGCUUUAAAGGUGUCCCAAAAAGGAGAGAGGCUUGUGAAGAAAUGACAGUCUUUGUAUCUAAUGUUCCAUGUGAGGCAACAGAAGAGGACUUGAGGAAUCAGUUCAUGAAGUGUGGAGAAGUGGUUAAUGUGACCAUGCUUCAACCGUUUUCUCCUUGCCUGCCAAGAAGAUUUUCAGUAACAUUAAUUCUUAGAACAAUUAUCUGA